CAUAUUACAUGAUGAAUCAAGUCAAAAACUUGUUUGUUGAGUGAUCUCUUCAAGAGGGAAGAAAUAAAGUCCAGACAAGAGAGGUGAUGUUACGAAUUAUCAAGUCACCGUGUGUUUGUUGGGCUAUCUCUUCAAGAAGGAAGAGAAGAUAUGGAAUGCUGUCAAACAAUAUCCUGAAAAGUAGUAAAGAUAUUAAAAACGGUGCAACAACAUCAUAUGAAGCAGACAGCUGGAUCUAGUUAAAGACUGAAGAUUGGUCAACAAAGACAUUUCACGGAAAAAGACAAAACUUGGACAGAAAUGUAUUAAGGAUUGAGUGAAAAUGGAACAUCCAAUUCAUUGUCUUAUAAUUUUUCUAUGCACUAAUGCGUGCUUGCUUGGACUAUCUUUAUACAACGAAGAAAAGUGUAGCUGUUUUCCAAUGAACAAUUUUCGACAGCUUUAUCAUAUGGACUGUUUUGGAAAGGGACUGACCAAAAUUCCUUCUAGUUUCACCAAUAUAGCAGUAUAUAGUAUUGAUUUAUCCCAUAACAAAUUACAAACGGUUAUGAUUACCAAAAACUAUACCAGAACUUUAAAAGAAUUGAAUCUAUCUUACAAUGAAUUAGAAACCCUGUCUAAUAGCUCUUUUAAAUGGAUUCCCUACCUCAAAGUAUUGAAUUUGUCAAAUAAUAAUCUAAAUUUCUCCAAAAUCAGUCUUCCAGAUCUUGUAUUCCAAUAUCUAAGUAACUUAGAAGUUCUAGACUUGUCUUUUAAUGGAGUGAAGGGCCCAACUCAUUAUAAUCCAGAAAUAUUCAAAUACACUACAUCUCUACGAAUUUUAAUCAUUGACGGCCUGCAAGAAGGCAAUUUCAGUUUUACCACAAAUGACAAAAGGUUUUCCCCAUCACAUGAUUUACAUCAUGAUACAUAUAUAGAGCUAACUAAGCUGACAAAACUUAUAGUGUCCGGACGAAGAAAUCGCACGAAGUGCUCGAUCAAAAUCCUGUCUGAGGGUUUUUUCAAGAGUGUUUCUCAUCUGCAAUAUUUAGACAUGUCUGGUUGCGCAAUUCGAUCAGUCGAUAAAGAAAGCUUGUCACUAUUAUCAAAUCUACAAUAUUUAGAUUUAUCCUAUAACGAACUACUUUCUUUUAUAUUACUACGAAAUAUUUCACUACCCAAAAGCAUGAAAACGCUAAAACUGGAUAAAAUCCACUGCACGUUUGGAAUAGGAACGUAUCUUACACAUGAUAUGGUCAAGAUAUUCCUGAAUAGUUCCAUAGAGUUUAUUUCUCUUCGCAGCAAUAGACUCGAGAUGUCCAUAGAGAAUGCAUCUUCUUAUUUACCCCCAAAUCUGACCUAUUUAGAUCUAGCAGACAAUAAACUAGCAUUCGGAAGGUAUAUUCUUUCCGUGAAAGGCAUGAAGAGUCUAAAAUUUCUGGACCUUCAGGAACAACAUUCGACACAUUUUACCGGAAGAAGUAAAGAUUUCAUGGAAUGUUACAACUCCGAUGAGUGUUCCUCAACGCCCCCGGGUCGAUUCUACUCCGAGUCUACUCAGGCAUUAUCAAAGUAUAAUUCUCAAGGUUAUAGAUUUUACGCACCUCCUCUGUUAGAGACUUUGGAUUACUCUAGUUCUUAUCUUAAUUCGGAGAUAGGUAAAAUUACCUUGGAUCCAAAUAACAGUGUGAAAAAAAUAAAUCUCAGUCAUAACUUUUUUCAAAUUCUUAGAGGACCAGUAUACGGACUCUACAAAAUUGAAACCGUUGAUUUUUCUCAUAAUUUUAUAUCUAAUUUAUCGACAGUUUUCUUUGAAUAUGGUACCACCUUGAAAUACCUUAACUUCAGCAGUAACUUGUUAGGAAAUUGCAUGAGCAAACCAAACUCGGCUUACUUCAAAAAUCUUUAUAAUUUAAUGUCACUGGAUCUCUCCUCGAAUGUUAUCCGCUUUGCAGCUCCUGGCAUAUUUGAAGGCCUUAAAUCAUUGGAAAUAUUAAAUCUUAGUUACAAUUUACUGAGAGAUUUUUCAAUACAUUUAAACCAGAUGCCUUCAUUAACUACCUUAGAUCUUUCUUUUAAUGAACUCUUGCCAUUUUCGGAUUCUACCAUAAAGAUCUUUGAAUCGAGACAACAGAAACAUCAAAUGAAUGUUAUACUGACAGGAAACGAAAUUCCAUGCACUUGUGACUCAUUAAAUUUUCUUCAAUGGAUGUUACGAUGCAGAGAGCAAAUUACUAUAAAUUAUUCAGAUAUUUGUCAGAAUAUGCAUCGAGUUAUUAAAAAUAGCAGCGACUUAGAAAUGAUCAGCAAGACACUAGGAAAGAAGUGCGAUGAUUACGAAGAAAUCAUUGGUGUGGUAUCUGGACUUUUUGUUGUUUUCUUUGCGUUUAUUAUUGUUGGAAUUAUUCAUCGCUACCGGUGGAAACUUCGAUAUUUCUACUACAUGUCAAAAUGGAGCACUACCACGUCACACAAAUCCUAUGGCAGAGUAUUUGACUAUGACGCUUUUGUUUCAUAUGCCGAUGAGGAGAAGGAUUUUGUCAUACAGGAAAUGACGUCAGAAUUAGAGGAAGUGUCAGACUUGAAACUGUGUCUCCAUGAGCGAGAUUUUACACCUGGCAAAUCAAUCGGCGAGAACAUAACCAAGGCAAUAUGUAACAGCAGAAAGGUUUUGUGUGUUGUAACGGAGAACUUUUUGUGCUCUCAGUGGUGUAUGUAUGAACUAGAGAUGGCCCUCACAGACAAUAGGUACUCCAGAGACGAUCAAUCGGUUUUUCUUAUCAUGUACGGAGGAUUGCCGACUGAUAGCUGUAAAAUUCGUUCAUCGAUCCGACUUAUGUCUUUAGUGAAGGAGAACGCCUAUCUGGAAUACCCUAAUGAUGAGAACAAUAGAGCAGAAUUCUGGAAUUCACUAAGACUAAUAGUGAGAGAAGCCGCUAAAGCUGAUUAACAAAACGAACAGAAUAAAAAUCCAAUAAAAUAUCACGGUGAUAUGUGCAAUAGUCAAAAACACUGUUGACUUUUUUUGGAAGAGUUAAAUGAUAUGUCUAAAGUAUUGCCUGAUUUUUCCUGUCCUUAAAUUAGUCGUUUAGAAUGACAACUGUUUGUAAAUUGCAAUCUAUUGUUUUUUGCACCUGCAUCUUGAAGAUGCUCUGUUAUUAUUUUUAGAAAUAUUAUUUUUUUUCAUAAUUUUGAAAUAUAUUUCAACGUAUUAACAUUUACGCAUGUGGUCAGUAUGACAUUUAUCCAGAUAAACUAUAUAUCACGUUUUGUCUUGCAUUUAAUAGAAUACAAUUAAUGAUUCAACAACCGAUUUCUUUCCUGAACAUUGCCUUCAAUUCAGUACUUCCAUGGCACUGGGAACCAUUCAAGUUAAACGAUUCCUCAAUUUAAAGAAAUAAUCUACAGUGACAAAAAAAUAAACACUACAAUGAAGCUCAAAAUUAUGCGAGAAUAAAAUAUUAAAGAUUAAAAAAACAACAAAGUAGCCAUCGAGGCAAAAACUAGUCAAGUAAUUUUGAAAUUGUCUUGUUGCAUAUUAUAUUACCAUGAUUAAAUACUUCCUCUUUUUGUUGUAAAUAUCAUUUUAAUAUUAAUGUGAUAAUUCUACAAUUUGUAUGAAGAGAAUUCAUUCUAAUCAUUCUAAUAUUCAUAUAAAAAUUGUACUAUUUGAGGUUGAUAAUGAGAAAUUUGGAAAUGAGGAUUCAUCAACAUUGAUAUAUAUUGCUUUCCUGCAAUGUAUGUAUUUGUCAAAUAAAUGUUUGGUUUAAUAAUUAUUGGUGCUUAUUAUUUUGAUACGAUUACGUUUUGAUUUUAAACAGUCUUCAUUCACUAAUUCAACAGUCAAUUUCAUCUUGGCAUAUAAGGUGGUGGAUGCGUUGAUUUACACGUCGAUAUGGAGAUGUAUCUACCAUUAACUCCGUCGAUAUUAGCAGAAGAUUCUCGAUGGAGUAUAUAAAAAGAUGUGAAAUGGGUGAUAAAUGAAAUAAUGAAAUUCAUAACUAAUUAUUUUGUAUUGGAUGAAAGGUAAAGUGAGCGUGACUCCUCUGAUUCAUUUCAUUGUAGAACAUUAUUGUGAAGAUUUUUCUGGAAUAAACUGCAUUCAUUGACUAGAACAUUUUUCAUCCUUCAAGGCCGCACUUCUCCAAGAACGGUUUUAGUCGAAGCUUGUAAAACUUAAUACGACCAUUUAGUUUAACUUUGAUCUGCUUUCAGCUUUGGCCAUCCAAAAGUUGCCGAUCGAUUUCAGGAUAUUGUGGGUCUUUACAAAUUAAGAAUAAACGUCAGUUAAGUUUGUCAAUAAUCAGAAAAUUUACGAUGUAGCUAGCAUAGAUUUUACGGUAAAAAGUCGCCCAAACGUAAACUGUAAUUAUAUGGAAACUUUUUAAAAAUCACACUGGCUUUCACAGAAGAACACAAAUGUAGCGCAGUGAAAGCAAUUAGUUUCCGUACAGAAGUAAUGGAAAAUGGCAAUAAAGAAAAUAAGCUUGCAUUAGAUGACCUCUUAAGGACGUAGACAAUCUAGGUCUCUACAGGUUACUAUUUGGCUUCAUUUCUUCCUUUGGUCUAAAAGAU